CUUCCCAAGCACAGGUCCUGUAAAGUGGUCAAUUCAUGGUGUAUUUUAACAUCAGUAAUAGUCCAAUACAAGUCAUGUGCUGUGAUGACCUUUCUUCUGUGUACAUAUAAGAGCUUUUAAAACAGAUGCUGAAGAACUACAUCUUCUGGAAACUACUUUUAACAAUACUAAGGACGACAUUUAUGUACACAUGCAUAAGUCAAAACUGUGGGGACAAAUUGCAGUAAUUUGAAUAUUUGGGGGAGGCUAGUAAGGCUUGUAGAGGACAGUUUGGUUUCAGCAAAUAUAGGAAUGUAAUGUCAAGAUCCUGAAAGAGGGACAUCUUCUGGCCACAUCUUAUAUGGCAUCGUGAAUGCAGAACAGGCAUUGGAAUUUGCACGCUAACAGGGAGGUGAUGCUGCAACUCCUCAACAUGACCACGAGAGGACGCCAGAGAUCAGCGAUCAGGCCGUGCGUCGUGACGUCAUGGGGGAGCGUAAGGCGCCCGCCGACUGGUGCGUGUGUAACUCCGUGCCACGACUCGCCGUUUGUGGUCCAUCUUUGGGAGGGGAGCUCCAGCACUACGACGCGUCCGACGAACGUGAUCCCCGAGCAGAGGCCUUCUUGUGCGGCUUGUCCAGUCAGCUCAUCCGCUGCACGCCGUCGAUGCUUUGAAGGGUACAAACUGUGUACCUCUCGGCAGAUCUCGCGAGAGCUGCUUCCCUGGCUGUGACUGGUCGAGUCUUUGCGGUUAGACUGAGGGAGAAGGCAGGCAGGCAGGCAGGCAUCAUGGCGGACAGAGACAGUGGAAGUGAGCAGGGAGGAGCAGCCACGGGCCCAGGCUUCGGUUCCGUACACUCGGCGGCGGGAGGGGCGGGCUUGGCUUCCGGCCUCCAGCACGAGACUCAAGAGCUGGCGUCCAAGCGGGUUGACAUCCAAAACAAACGCUUCUAUUUGGACGUAAAGCAGAACGCCAAAGGCCGCUUCUUGAAGAUAGCUGAAGUCGGGGCCGGUGGCAACAAGAGCCGCCUCACUCUUUCCAUGUCCGUGGCAGUCGAGUUCCGCGACUACUUGGGGGACUUCAUCGAGCACUACGCCCAGCUGGGUCCCAGCAACCCGGGCAUGGUGCAGGACGAGCCGCGGCGAGCGCUCAAAAGCGAGUUCUUAAUGCGGGAGAAUCGGAAGUACUACAUGGAUCUAAAAGAGAACCAGAGGGGACGGUUCUUGAGGGUCCGGCAGACCGUCAACCGGGGGCCCGGCUUGGGGUCCACGCAGGGCCAGACCAUCGCGCUCCCGGCCCAAGGACUUAUCGAGUUUCGCGACGCUUUGGCCAAACUUAUUGACGAUUACGGCGUGGAAGAGGAGCCCGCGGAGCUGCCCGAAGGCUCGUCAUUGACUGUGGACAACAAGCGCUUCUUCUUCGACGUGGGCUCCAACAAGUACGGCGUGUUCAUGCGGGUAAGCGAGGUGAAACCGACCUACCGCAACUCGAUCACGGUGCCCUACAAAGUGUGGUCCAAAUUCGGGAAUACGUUCUCUAAAUACGCCGACGAGAUGAAGAAGAUCCAGGAGAAGCAGCGAGAGAAGCGAGCGUGCGAGCUGGAGGAGGAGGAGGAGGAGGAGGAGGAGGUGCAGGCGGACGAUGGAGACGAGGAUUGAGACAAGAGUCAUGGAAAUAAGAAAUCUAACCCUCAACUCUACUGUAUAAAAUAAAUAAAUCUAACUGUAACGGUUUAACUCCAAGGGAGCAUUACCCACAAUAUAAGAAACUACCACAAGCUGACAGUUCUGACAUGUUGUCACUCAUCGCUGGAUGUUAGCCCAAUUAUCCACCAUAAUACAGUAACUUGGCUGCUAAACAAAGUAAUAACAUGUUUGAACAUUGUUUCCUACUUGAAAAACAAGAUUGAGUCUUUAUUUCCCUUAUUAACAGAGUAAAAUAACUUUUGUACCACUUAAAAAGCUAAAAACAAAAAAAGUGUUUGCAAUGUUGAGAUCUGAGAGUAAGCAUUUCCUUGUCAUGUAAGCUAAUAACUUCAGCACAAAUGAGAUAUUUUCGUUUGUUUUUUCCAAAACCAAAAUUGAGAAAGUUUAUAAAAUGGAAAAAAAGGUCACAUGUAUUCGCCAUCUUAUUUACCUGUGACUGUUUACACACAAAUCAAAUGAGGGCUAGGCCUACUUUGGAAACUGGUUAGAUGUCAUGCAGUUUUUCAAAAGGAACAAGUGCUCUCUUUAUGUUGUGCAAUAUGCAUUGCAUCAAAAUCAAAUCAAUAUUGGUCAGUGGUUCUUGACGUGUUGUCCGAGGCAUUCAAAGACGUAAAUCUAAUCAGUUGAAAUGGUUGCCAUGCAAAUGGAUCUAUUAGACUACCGUUGUGUGUUGUUGUUAAUGCAAUGUGUUGGGUUCAAAGGUACUAAAUGCAUAAUAAUGAAAUAACAUGUAGCAAAUGCAGAGAAAUGAACAAUUGGCCAGAACAUGGUUAAAAAUGUCUAAAUGGUGCCAAUUUAAGGCGUGCUGUCGCUGCAUGUUUGUCUGCACUUAGUCGAUUGCAUUGGUCUCCCAAAAUAUUGUCUCAAGGACCCUUCCAUAUUUUGCCUGUAUUGCACGAAAGCUCAACUCCUUGAGUACUGAGUGAUGUCCAUCCAAAGGCUUGGUGAUGUAGUGAAAGUCAAAUGAUUACUAUCCCACUACCGGGGGAGCCUUUAAGUAAGGGUGCAUGCCUGGGCCAAGGGUCCAGUUUUGUGACCACGUACCCUUCCUGAUGGGCUUCAGUUCUGGUUCUGUAAAAUCCAUUGGUGGGAGGCUAAUAUGGACACAAGCCCUUUUUUACACUGCCUGUAAAAGCUGGCAUUUUUCUGCCUUUGUUCCAUGUAACUGUUCUGUACAAACGGUACAGAAUGGGUCAAAUUUCAGUGAAUAUUCCGCCUAUGGAGGUCGUAUCAUAGCCAUAAUAGACGGGAUGCUGCCUGUGUGGAAGGCAAUGCUGUAACACCAAGAGUGGGAAACUUGACGUCCAUCGUUCAUUUCCACUAUGUUGUGUUGAAAGCAAUUGUUGCUGUCUGACAAGUGCGGUGUGUCUCAAAAGUCACUAUAUGCUUCCUUUUUCAGGUCUCAUUGGGACAGACGUGAGGCCUUCGGCAUUUGACAGCUUAGGCUUUAAACAUAUCCUUCCCUUGCUCAGGGCUUACCAAGUGACAUUGGAGUACCACGGCAAAUUUGCCACCUGGCAAAACGCUUUUGUCCCAGACUCGUUCAGUGCCAGUUUGUUCAAAUGCUUCAGGUAACUUGCGAUGCUCAACAACCUGAACUCUGUACAUGUAACAAUUUAUCACUCUCCAAAGCACUGGCUAAAUCGAGAUUUUGUUGAUGCCAAGUUCCAGUUCAUCCCUCUGGAUAGACCUUGCCUGGCUUUGCGUGAAUGCCUGCUCUAGAGGUUUGGUGUUUUCAACCAUGCUGCUAGUAGCAGGCCCCCUAUUUUGAGAGACUUGCCAUGGGUAGCGUAAAUUUUACUACGCUUUGGAGCAUUGUGAUGGCCCUAGAGCUUCUCAAACUGGUGCUGAACUACAGUCUGGCCAGAAAAACUUAUUGCUAGGCUAUGCCAAUGGGAAUGAUGAUCUGCUUAGAAAAACUGCAAAGCCUAAACUGUGAAAUGGUGAUGGCCUUAUGUCUGUCCAAAUGAUACCUAGAACAAAAUGGGAAAAAAGGUGAAUAGUGACUUUUGGGACACCCUGUAUUUUAUACCAAACGUUGGCAUUUCGUAUACAUUUAUCUGAUGCCUUGUAGCAGUGGAAAAGCACACACAGUUGCGGCAAUUUCCUGCCUUCACUGGGUUUUGUGUAUUUACAAAGGCAGAUAAAUGUCGGCUCUUCUGUUACGGGAAUUUUGCGGGAUUACUGUGUAAAAGAGGCUUAAUGUUUCACUUUAGAUUGUUGUUGGCCCCAUAUCUUCCUGGGGGGGUGAUAUAUUUGGGCUGCCACACAGAAAACAACUGGCUCUUGUCCAGUUCUGUCGCAUCUCAUAGAUGUGUGAUAGCAGUUUUAUAAACUCUUUGCCAGUCACGUUAAGAGAAACUGGCAACAAUCAGAUCUAUUUACCUCAGCAUUGAGUUCAGUGUUUGCUUCCGUGAUGUCUAGAUUUGACUGGAAACCAGCAAACUAGACUGUCCUUGACCACCUAUAUAUGGUAAAAGCUUACUGGGAGCAUCCUCUUCAGCAUAUAAAACAACCUGGUGCCUUACACACUCUGCAUGCUUACACGCUGGCCUGGUGCUUUGGAUCGCAAGUUUGGCUUCUUUUCGAUGAUCGUUUUCUUCCAUUUUUGUGUCCCGGCCCAGACUCGUGGUGCUUAAAAAAAAAAGAAAAAAAAAAAAAAAAAAGGCUUUGUCCUUCUUUCCUAUACCUUCAUCGCCACUCAACAUUAUUCCCCAGCCAUCCAGGUAUCGGCCUACAUGUAAACAUGGAAGGGGAGGAGGGUCACCUCGAUGCAAGAUAAUGCAGAAGAGUUAGCACCAAGCACAUUAUAUAGCCAGAGGAGCAGUGAGCUGAAAUUAUUGGAAAUAGUUGUUGACAAGCCUCCAUUGCCGCUCCUCCCCCUUCACCUGCCUCUUGAUAUGCUCCGGCUUUUAGGAAGUCAUGUAUGUUGUCAGUUGCUCAAUUAAUGGGGAGUAGCGCUUUUUAUUUUAUUUUUUUUAGUUUUUACCUUCUCAGCGUUAUUCCACUUGUAACUUUUGGAAUGUUUUCGCUCACAAAAAAAUAUAUCUAUUUUUUAUGUGCAACAUUUCAUGACUGUGUGCAAUAUCGUAUGUGCCAAUUGUGGCAAUAUAUGUAUAUCAAUUAAAAUAUAUGAUUACUAUUUGAAAAGAUGUGGCUGAAUUCCAUGUUUAUUUCUAGUGGAGGGGUUGUAAACUGUUAUUUGCACUCCCCCCCCCCCCCCC